GCACUGCUGAAUCAAAACAAUGGCGGACAGUCGGCGUAGCGCUCCUCUCUCCUGGACGAACAAACCCGCUGCCAAGAUGAGCGACGUUGUGGAGAAGACCCUGACAGCUCUGCCCAGCCUCCUGUCUCUGGACUCUCAGCCUGGAUCUGCUAAACUCUCCUCCUCCUCCAAACUGGGAAACCUCAUCAGGGGAAUCACCGAGCUGACGUCCAAACAUGAGGAGGAGAAACUUAUCCAGCGUGAACUAGUGUCUAUCAAAGAACAGGUGUCCUCCCCCAACACCACCAUGAGGCAGAUGAAGGAGCUGAUGGUGAGAGCGAUCUACUGUGAAAGUCUGGGUUAUGAAGCUUCUUUCAGCUACAUUCAUGCCAUCAAACUGGCUCAGCAAGGGACUGCUCUGGAGAAAAGAGUCGGUUACCUCGCUGUGUCCUUGUUUCUGAAUGAAAAUCAUGAGCUGCUGCUUCUUCUUGUGAACACUGUAUUAAAGGACCUCCAGAGCACAAACCUUAUUGAAGUGUGCAUGGCUCUUACUGUCGUCAGCCAAAUGUUUCCCAAAGAUAUGAUACCUGCAAUCCUUCCUCUGGUGGAGGAGAAACUCAAUCACCCAAAAGAAAUCAUUCGACGAAAAGCGGUGCUGGCACUUUACAAAUUCUACCUAAUAGCACCGAAUCAAGUUCAACACAUCCACAACAAGUUUCGCAAAGCUCUGUGCGACAAGGAUCCCGGUGUGAUGACAGCUUCACUGCACAUCUACUUACAGUUGAUCCAGGAGAAUCCAGACGGUUACAAGGACUUGACAGCGAGUUUUGUCACCAUAUUAAAGCAGGUGGUGGGAGGAAAGCUGCCUAUAGAUUUUAAUUAUCACAGUGUUCCUGCUCCGUGGCUUCAAAUCCAGCUUCUCAGAAUAUUGUCCCUACUUGGAAAAAAUGAUCAGAACGCCAGUGAGAUCAUGUAUGAAAUCCUCGAUGAGUCUUUACAAAGAGCAGAGAUGAACCACAACAUUACCUACGCAAUAUUAUAUGAGUGUGUAAAAUGUGUUUACACAAUUCAUCCCAAAUCUGACCUUUUGGAAAAAGCUGCAAAGUGCAUUGGCAACUUUGUUCUGUCACAGAAGAUAAAUCUGAAAUAUCUUGGCUUGAAGGCUCUCACCUACGUGGUCCAACAGGAUCCUAAACUGGCCCUGCAGCAUCAGAUGACCAUAAUAGAGUGUCUGGAUCACUCUGACCUAAUCAUCAAGCGUGAGACGGUGGAGUUGCUCUUUCGGAUCACUAACGCCCAGAACGUCAUGGUCAUUGUGGACAAGAUGCUGGAGUUUCUGCGCGUCAGUCCAGAUGACUACACUACUAUUGACCUGACGGGGAAGGUGGCAGAACUGGCAGAAAAAUAUGCACCGGACAAUGAAUGGUUCAUCGAGACCAUGAACACAGUGUUCUCAGUGGGCGGAGACAUGAUGCAGCCUGACAUCCCAAACAGUUUCCUUAAGCUUCUGUCAGAGGGAUUUGACGGUGUGGAGGAGGACAGGAAGCUGAGGCUGUUUGCUGUGGAUUCCUAUGUCUCCCUGCUGCGAGGAGAACCUGGCAAGCUGCCACAGCGCUUCCUCCAAGUCAUCAGCUGGGUCCUCGGUGAAUACUCUCACUUGAUGGAGGAACUUGAACCAGCCACAGUCCUGCGACUUCUGGAGAGGCUGUUGGAUAUGAAGCAAACCAGCAGCGAAACCAAGAGCUGGGUCCUCAUGGCGAUGACCAAGCUCUGCGAGGGCGGAGCAAGUGUUGCUGUCGCUCAGCAGGUUUCGGAAACAUACAUCAGCUCAAUGGACACAGUGCUGAGACAGAGGGCUCAGGAGCUGCAGCAUCUCAGCCAAGACUCUGAACUACGAGCCAGGGUGCUACCCCGAGACGCUGACCUCGAGCCUCAAGAGGUGGAUUCCUCGCUGUCGUUCCUGGAUGGGUUCGUGUCGGAGGCGUUGGCUGCUGGCGCCGCUCCAUACAAGCCUCCCCAUCAGCGGCAGGAGGAGCUAGCUCAGGCAAAAGCGUUGAGCCUGGAGCCGUACGGCCUGUCCCUGCCCAUCAGCAUGGCCUCCUGCAGCAUCGCUGACAGACAGUCUCCCACGCUGUUGUCCAUAAGCUCUGGUCUGUCGGGUGACAGCACCGAGCUCUCCCACAAAGGAGGCCCUACAACUCUGAAGUUGGACGGAGUGAAGCGUGUGUGGGGGAGGGAGGGGUACCUGAGGGAAUCUGUGGAGGAGGUAGCCCAGGUGGAGGUACCCAGUCCCCUCCGGUCACCCAGUCAGCAGGCGGGGGCUGACAGCUCACACAGCCAGACUCCGACACCCACCCCUGAUCCCGAACAAGAUAAACAGCAGCUGGCUUCGUCCCUGUUUUUCGGACUGAGCUCCCAAAGCCCGAUGUGUCUGAUGGGAAAACCUGAGCCGACACCCAAUCGGUUCAGAAGAAAAACCAAAGGUCAGGGCUCCUCCUCGAGCGCCACUGGGCAAACACCCAGCCCCCUCUCCUCUUCUCCCAGCACCGUGGACGAUCUGCUGGGUGACGACCUACUGGACUCUAGUAUCCCCUCAGAGCCGAGUGUUUCCUCGUCCACAAUCACAUUAGAACUCUCCCAGGGCUUCACUGCGACUGCUCAUGGCCCCUGUGAUGUCGAAGCUGAGUUAGCCGACAGUGACGUGAAGGAAAGUAACCCCUCCCCCAGUGAGGAUGAUGGAUUAGUAGCUGCUGAUCCUGCUCCACAUGAAGACCCAGACAGACCUGAAGACCCUUGUCUCAGUUCUCACCUGCCUGCAGAGCUCUGUGAACACGGCCACUCAGAAAUCACUCCUCUGUGCACAAACCAAAGUCUGGAGCUCUCAGCCUGUCAUGUGCAGAAGGAGGAUUCCUUAGUGUUUGUCAUUUUCAUUUGCAACUCCUCUGCCAUUCAACAGAUACAGCUGGAACUUCACUCAGAACAUCUAGAGGUAUCCUGUGUGUCUGACAGUCCAGAGGUGGAUGUGAGCAGCCACAGUGUAACAGUGUACCAGUAUUCUCUGACUGUGAAGAGGCCUUCGGUUCAUGUUGAAGUAGCCGGGAUGGUUUCUUAUCAGCUGUGUGAUGGGACACCUCAGAAUCUGCAGUUCUCAUACAAACUCCCUCUGACCUCCUUCAUCAGACCCUUGACGGUGUCCACAGAGGAGUACGGCACAAUGUGGCUCGACUUCUGUCACGACACAAAGCAGAAUCUGACCCUGAUCAGUGACGGUGAAGAGCCUCUCACAGCCACUCUGAAUGUACUGAAGAGGAAACUUCAGCUUGGUGUCGUGGAAGUCAUAGGGAUGGAAGGUAUUCUCGCUUGUCAGCUCCUCAAGGAUCAGCCGUGUCUGAUGCACUGCCGUGUACACGCCGGUUUGCUGGCGGUGUGGUUGCGCUCUCCGGUGCCUGACCUGCCCGACUGCCUGAUCUACCACUGUCAGAGAGCUCUGCAGGGGGACUGAGCCCCAACUGCACCACGCCACUGAGCAACCAGAAACUCAACCACUGCAAAGGGAGGAACACAGACGUACACGGUGCAGAACAGAGAAUGAGACAUCUGAUGUUGUCGUCUUUACAUCACAGUGUUAACCAUUUGUUUAUCUCCUCCACUAUGAGUUACUUUGGAAGAUUUGGUGUUGAUAGUCCUUGGAUUGUUGAAUUUUAUUGCUAGAAGAGGACCUCAACUGUUGGAAAGUCGCGACUGGGAAUAACGUCAGGGCUAAGAGAGUUUGUGUAACCCUAUGUGUUUCAGAACAAUACUUAAAAGUCUUAAAAUCCUGUUCAGAUCUGGUGUUUACAUCUGCCCUGAGUGAUCUGAUCACCAGGGGUCAGCUCUAAGUUCAGGACUGAACUCACCCAAUUGUGUCAUGAAUGUGUCCUGAGCUCUGAUCACUAAGACCACAUUAGGAGAUGGUCUGGGACACAUGUGGCCACAUUCUUUUCACCGUGUGAACGCAAAUGUGUCCCGGGCCGCAUCAAACGACUGCUUACUCAGCUGACGUCUCUGACCCGCUGCAGUUUUGUUACGUCAUAUCUAUUUUUCAGCUUCUCAGUGACCAUACAAUGAAUAGUUUCUGGCCACCGCCUCAAUAUCAACACUGAUCACUGCAUAAUGAUUGAUACUUUUCUUAAAUUGAUCAAAUCUCUCACGUUCAUGCCGACACAAUCACACAAACGUCGCCUAUUGGCACAUCUGUAAACUCAGACUGGGUAAAAACAACAUAAUUUGGUGUCUGUGAACAGAAAUGACAUUUGUACUUAUUUGGGUAUUUAGCUGGGAAGUGAGAUCCAAUCACAAGUGGUGACCAGAGACAUAUUCCGGACACGUUUUAAAUUCCAGGAACUUAACGCUGUCCACUCGUGAUCGGAUCUCUCAGGAUGGAUGUGAAUACCAGGACUGAACUGGGUCAUAUAGGAUGAUGGCAGGGCUCCAAAUUGACUUGAAACCUUUAAUGGUCAAAACAUUGUGAAAUUAAUAUUAAGUUUGAAAUUUCUGUCAUGUCUUAAGGGAAAACUGAUGAUUUUGUAUCUGUGCCUUGGGUCUAUAUGCCACAUAGUAAGAGUGACAGCAUGACAGCAACGCUUAUUUGGAUUUAAAGAAGACAAAGACUUAAUGACACUGCUGUCAUUAACUUAACACAUUUUCUACUUUCUCGUCAACACAUAUUCAAGCAAUACAGAUUCAAAUGAAAGAAUACAAAUUCUAAAGUUGGAUUUACUGAUGUUAUGUAUCAGGUUUUUUCGGAGAAACACAGUGGAACUAUUUAAAUAUCUUGUCAGGACUAUUUCAAAUAUUAUGCCAGCAAACUAAUAUUUACAGUUUGUUGUCAAGGAAAAGGUGUUCCAGUACCUGAAGUUUCCUCCAAGCAAAUACAUGUUUACAUUGUUGUUUGUCUAAAAGACAACGUUAUGUCCUCACUAACCUCCAACCGCAGCAGUAACAUUUGAUUCUUACAUCUGUGAUGUGUAUUUUGUCUUCAAAGUAGCAGUGAGGAUCAUCAUAUUCUCCAUUUGUCUUUGUGCUGAUGUUUUGUAGAUGCUCCCUUCUUAUAGGAUCGUAUUUCUGGUUUGUCAGUUUCGGUGAGAGGUGGAUUUUAGUGUUUUUUUUUUUUAUUCUUAUAUUUUUCUAUCAAAGCAGUAUUGAGAACAUAUUUAUUGGAUUUAUAUUCUUACAGAAAAUAUUUUAUAUUGAUUUCAAACACAAAAAAAACAACGUGUGCUUCAUAUACUGUUUGGUUUGCGCUGUGCCAGAUCUGGUUUCCAGUUUGAAAACUUUUUUUAUUUUAUUUAAUCUGAAGGGAGAGUUGACCUUUUUCUUUUUCGUGUCCUGAUCUGAGACAAAACAACACAUGUGUAAAUCUCCACUUUAACCCAACGCCUUAUGUUCUAAUGCCAUGAUGGUGUGUUUGAUUUGUGCCUGUGGUACAGAAAGAGGAAAUCCUUUUUUCUUAGUGCCUGUCACUAUGUUCUACUAACUUCUGAAUAGAUUCAACACAUGUAAACUU